GCAUCAAAUACAGAGUCAUCUGCUGGAACAUCAUCUUCAACGGACACUAUUAUCCUGCCUAGACAGAGAAGCACCACUGAACGAUGUCAGCAAUGGCCAAAGCAGUUUCCCAUUCCACAGUUUGCAUAUGAGACUGAGAUGUGCCUUGAAAGAGCCGAUGAAGACCACAGAAAGAAUGGAACACUUCUGACUGCCUCAAAGGUCAAAGCAGACAUAUUGGAGAAGCUGGCUGAAACUAUAUAUAUGUAUACAGCUUAUCCAUCAAGUGCACAGAUAUGUGAUGUUGCUGAGGCACUUGUCAAUAAAUAUCCUUGUCUGAAGGAACCUGGCUCCUUCUCAGGCUACUAUGGCUGGCAACAACGCCUCAAAUACAAGAUGGCAAAUUAUCGUACCAAACUCAGAGGUUACGGAGUUCCUGAGGUGAUGUGCAAUGCCUUCAAACGCAAGAGCCCUGGGGACCAAAAAUCUGCAAAGAAUGUGAAAAAGCCUCGAAAAGCAGAAGUAAACUACCUCCCACCUUACCCAGCAGGAGAGGAUGAGGAAAGUCAAGAACAGGAAAGGAUACAGUUGCUGACUGAAGUAAGGAAAAGAGACAACAACAAAUUGAUCAAAGAAAAGAUGGCCAAAACAUUUGCACACCGAAGAAAUGAUAUCGUUAACCAAUCACCUGCCAUAGAGGACAUCAAAGCCAGAUGGCCAGCUCUAUUCGAGGCAUCUAAUAUCGAGGAUGAGUUUCACAGAAUUACAACGGUGCACCUGGAAUCGAAGUUCAUGUCCAAGCUGGAUGAAUACUCUCCCAGGCUUCUGAACCUCUUCCACUCAAAGGGUGGGACCAUGGGAUUAAGGUUGCAGACUAUCCUACUGAAGGCUCCUAGCAAUCCUAACAUCAACAUAACCAGAGACAUUGUCAUCCGGUGUCUGAUGUUGUACCUUGGGGAAUCUGCCGAUCAGCUCUUUAAAGAGUAUGAUGAUGCAGAUGAAGACAGUGUGGCACAGGACCUUGCUGUACAAAGGAUGAAAAUUUACAGCAUCCAGAGUAAUCUGUCAGAGGGUACAGAGGACAUCGGAAUCGUGAUAGAUGGUACAAAGGUUCUGACCGCUCUGGGUAACUUUCCAAGAGCUUGUGCCAUGCUUGUUGGUUUGACGUAUGCAGUGAAUCUUGCUUAUCCCAAGGAGCUCAGGUACACUUUCGAAGCCUUUCAGAAACUCUUCCUGGAGCUGGACUGUUCAAAGCUUUCUCCAAAAGUGAACAGCCUCAAGAGCAAGCUACUGGCUUAAGAAAGGGAGCCUAAAUACACUGGUGUGCUCAGUUAUUCUGUGUGUUCAAGUGAUUUAAGUGUUCAAGUUU